AUGUUCACUGAGACCAAGGCCUUGGAAGAGGCCCUUCUUCGGCACUUCAUACACCAGAAGCUGGAGAUCGCCUACGCCAUACACAAGCCGUUUCCCUUCUUUGAAGGUCUCCGAGACCAGUCCUUCAUCACUGACAGAAUGUACAAGGCAUCUGUGGAAGCCUGUCGAAAUUUGGUUCCUGUGGCAAGAGUGGUGCACAAGACUCUCACCAACCUGGAGAGAAUGUUUGACCCAUCACUUCUGGUGGCGUUGUUCAGCUCCACUAACCUGCGCGAAUACCCCAACCUACUGACGAUUCUCAGGAGCUUCAGAAGUGACCUGCUGCCAAGGCCACCAAUCCUACCACCACCAUCAAGCCAUCCGCCCUUUGCACUGAGGGUCAUCCAACAUAAGGCCUCCAUUCGUCAAAGUAGCGAGACCUUGGGUGAACCAUCCAGCCUUUCUGGCCCUGCUGUGGCUAUCCCUGGAUCCAUCAAGGAGGAAAGGAUCACGCCAGUGGCCAAUGACAACUUAACAUACAAAACAAAUGAUGACGACUCACAGGAGAUGCCCCACUCUCUGCCUGGCCCUGUGCAAGGAGAGAAAAUAAAAAGUGCCUUGUCAACUUCAAAAAAGAGACAUCAGAAGAGAGCCCUUCCAAGAGGGGCAGCCUCCUCUGAGCAUGGAAUUCAAGAGAAGUUGCAAGUGGUGGAUCAGGUGACUCAAGUGAAGGAUGACUCAACCAGUCACUCAAAAGUCAUGACAAGAUUCCAAAAGGCAAAGAGGGAAUGUGCCCAAACACCCAAGCCAGUGGAAAAGAGGAGAAAAGGAUGUAGCUGGUCAAGUCCAGAAAGAAGACAGAAAAAAAGGCUCCCAAGAGAAAGGCCUGAGGACGAACUUGGGGGCUUGCACUCUCCUGAACUUCCUGUGACCUGUGGGGAGGCAAAAGGCAUUUUAUACAAGGAGAAGAUGGCACAAGGACCCUCAGAGAAGUGCAUUCAGAAUGAAGAGGGAGCUUGGUUCACGCCAAGAGAAUUUGAAGUUGCUGGGAACCGGGCCCAGUCAAAGAACUGGAAGCGGAGUGUGCUCUGCAGGGGACAGACCCUAGGACAGCUGCUAGAGAAAGGACCUCUGCUCUGCCCUUCAGGAGCCGCUCUCAAGAGAGAGGUAAAUAUCAGGACCCCAUGGAGCUGCACAUUCUGCAGAGUGAAGGAUUCUUCUGAAAGCCGACAGUGCCAUCAGGAAUCUGGGAUCCUGGAGAGGCGGAUGCGGCCUGCAGAUCAGCUGAAGUGUGAGUUCCUUCUCUUGAAGGCCUACUGCCAUCCACAAAGCUCCUUCUUUGCAGACACUCCACGGAACCUUCGAGAUUACGCCGAGCCCUUUAGGGAAGCCAUGUGGCUGGACCUGGUGAAGGAAAGGAUGCUUCAGAAAAUGUACACAGUGCCGUGGUUUGUGCGGGAUAUGCGUCUGAUCUUUUGUAACCACAAAACCUUUUACAAGACCUCCCACCUCAGUCAGGUGGGACUUGAUUUAGAGGCAGAAUUUGAAAACAAUCUCAAAGAGGUGUUUAGUUUUCAUGAAGCCAACGAAAACAGUUUCCUGGCUCCUCCGUGA